UAUAUCAUUAUGCCAUGCAUACCGUUCACUAUCAUAUGAAUGCAAUAGCCCAUAGGCAAUUUCAAGUAAGAUUCACAUCCGCAUGAUUCAAUUGAUAGCUACAGGAUCUUGUGGGUAGUUAAAACUUGUUCCGGAUUUCAAGUCUCGACUAUGAACAGCUUAUCACCAAGUUCAUUGGAACAUAGUUACAUGUGUUGGUUUCCUGCUUUUAUUUCCUCGGAGGCUCUGUUCUGUCAAACAUUGAUAGAACUAUAAAAGCUUUGCCCAUUGAAACCCAUAUAGACUUUUAGAAACCACUAAAAGAGGAGAAAUGUCCAUUAACGAUGACGAUAUCUCUUGUGACAUCAUCAUGGAACUGUCUCAGGAAGAAACCGAAACUCUACCCAUGAUCACGCCCAGUGAAGACAAGAGACGACGACGCUCACAGUUUUUACUCGCCACACGGAUUCCGAUCACCGAGUUAUGUGAGAGGUUGACAUAUCACAGCAUUGCCGCGAACCUGGUUAUGUUCUGUACAAACAUUCUCAAGUUUGACAGUAUCGAUGCCGUCACAAUCAGCAUGGUGUUUGCAGGGACAUGUUACCUGGUUCCUCCGCUUGGUGGAUGGAUAGCUGAUUCGUACAUGGGACAAUACAACACAAUUCUAGCCAGUGUGCUUCUUCACGUAUUAGGUACUUUUUUCCUGCCAGCAGCUGCCUUUACCUACACUACAAUAGGACCUUAUGAAAUGCCACUGGCAGGCAGGCGGACCUUUUUCCUCAUAGGCCUGUUUCUGGUAGCCAUGGCAACAGGAGGUAUCAAGGCCAACUUUAGUCCAUUUGGUGCCUCUCAAGUUGACCAUGUCGGAGAAAAUGCGGUGCAGACGUUCUUCUUAUGGUAUUACUGGUGCAUUACAAUCGGAGCAACAAUCGCUUACACCGGAAUAGUCUACAUUCAACAAGAGAUAGACUUUGCCCUGGGUUAUUUCAUCCCAGCAGUAACCAUGACAAUGGCUGUGAUAUACUUUGUUAGUGCCAAAAAUCAGUAUGUUGUCAUGCCACCAAAAGGCAGCCAGAUUUCUUCAACAUGCAAUAUAAUCUGUGAAGGUUUAAACAACAAGUAUAAGUGUAAAAGACCUCAGCAAAAGCUAUCAUCCUUUCUUGACUAUGCCAAGAUCAACAACGGUGGCUCCAGAAGUAAGCAGGAAGUUGAAGAUGUGAAAAUGUUGGGAGGUGUUUUCCCCAUAUUCCUGGUUGGAAUCAUAUUUUGGUGCAUUUUUGCUCAGCUCAACAGCAGUUUUCUCUUGCAAGCCGAAAGGAUGAACUUACAGCUUGGUGACAUCACUCUCCCAGCCUCCUCGCUAAACAACUUUGUGAGCAUAGGCACCCUACUCCUGGUUCCACUGCUAGACAGGGUCAUCUACCCUCAGCUUGACAAAUGUUGGAGAAGACCAAGUCCUUUAGUCAGAAUGGGUUUGGGUUUCGUCUUUGCCUCCAUAUCAGUAGCAGUUGCCGGAAUCUUGGAAUUCUACAGGAAAGUCGACAUCAAGGAAAAUGGCGUAAUCAGACAGAAAGUCGGAGGAGAAUAUUUCGACGCAUCCCACCUGAGUGUCCUGUAUCAAGUGCCACAAUUUACCUUGUAUGGUAUAAGUCUCGUUUUCAUGGAGAUAACAUCGUUAGAGUUUGCCUACAAGGAAGCUCCACAGUCACUGAAAGCCGUUGUUACUGGUAUCUACAUGGUGACAAUCGGGUUGGGACAAUAUACUAGCUCAUUACUGGUGAUAAUAGUCAAUGCAGCCACAGCAAACAACCCUUGGUACCCUGACGAGAUAAACAAAGGCUACUUAGAUUACUUUUUCUUCCUUCUCACUGGACUAACAGUUGUUGGCCUCUUGAUAUUCAUCGUCAUAGCGAAGAGGUAUAAAUAUGCAUCAGAGAGAUAUAUCGUGGAGGAUUGAUACCAACAAUAGCAGUCUGCAAUUUUCAGUGUUAACACAUAGAAAAUGCAACUGUUGAACAAAAUGACUUCUUUCAUGUGAUAAAUAGGCCUACUUUGGCCUGCCUCUUUCACUGACUUUUGCUAUUGUGAUAAAUUAGAGGAUGUGAAUACUGAAAUUUCAAUAUAGGAAAAUGGUAUGAUCGAUGUAUGCCCGUUUCACUAAUAAACACUGC